UGCGUCAUAGAAUCCAAUAGGACUGGUCCUUCUUGGAAACGAACUGUUAGCAUGCUUCUUAGGAUAAAUCUUUUAUAUAAAUAAGUAAAAUGCAUUUAUUUUCGUAGGUAUAAAUAUCGAUGCAUUGUUGUUGGCAAAUGCAAUACCACCAGGUAGUACCAUAAUAUGUACUAUUAGUUGUAGAUAAGAAAUGCGUUUGUUAUAGAUGUGAAAACAGAUUACUCUCGGAUUACUAUUAAACAUAGGGAUUAAACGGCCACUUAACCGUCGACCUAAUUUUCAGAGUCACUUAAUAGCCAAAUCUGAAGAUCAUAUAUCCAAGGCCUUUGAGGAAAAAACUGACUCAAUUUUAGCUCAGAUCAAUUGAAUUCCGGAACUUCAUAAAGAUAAAAAAUGCGUCUACUCAGGUAUAUUUGUGGCCUGCAUGUGAUUGGACUGCUCGAAUGGUCCUUUGGUCAGUCUGUAUGUUAUGAUGGUAGCAGUAAUCCGUACACGCAGGGUCAGCAAAUUCAGCAAGUCUGCAACACGUGUAUUUGCGAAGAGGAUGGCUGGAACUGUACACUGAAUGCGUGCUCAGAUCCUUGCUUUUCGUCACCGUGUGAAAAUGGUGGAACGUGUGUACGGAAUCAGGACUCGUACAAUUGCUUCUGCAAAAGCGGAUAUUUCGGAUCGAACUGCGAAACAGAUGAAUCCUGUUCAGGCGAUGAUGAUGUGAGCAAUGGUUAUUGCGAUGAGGAAUGCUAUUGCUUGAAUGGAACAGUCACAUGUGAUCCACCAACGGGAUGUCCAGACUUAGAAUGCAAUAACACAGUUCUGGUUCCCGGGGACUGCUGCCCCAUAUGCUGGCCUGACCCGAAGGCUGGUUUCUGCCCUGAAAGUACUUUCACUUCGAUUGGAAGCUGUGAGAAUACAUGUCAACAUGAUGUCAACUGCACCGGUGACCAGAAAUGCUGCUUCAACGGAUGCGGGUUGUCGUGCAUCGAUCCACAUCCAGGUAAGUAUUAG